UUUUAUCCUUUCAAAAUAAGCGGGAAAUAUAAUUAUGAUGAAGAAAAGAAAAACAAGACGUCAGCUUUUAGCAGAAAAAGAAGCCACAGCCAGACAAUUAGUCGAAAAAGCAAAUGCUACAAUAAAUCCUUUAGAAUCUUUAACAUCUUUUCACAAAUAUGUGACAAAAGACAAUCAGAUCGUUCAACUUUCCUGUAUGAGGUCAGGAGAUGCAACACCUGAAUGCUUAUCUUGGAUAUUUAAUAUCUUGGAGCGUAAUAUGAAAACCAUGUAUGAGCAAUGCGACUGGGGUUGGGAUCCAAUUUCAAAGAAACAAGAAUUAACAGAACCAGCAGCCUGGUACUUAGUAGCUUCCUCGAACAACAAGUUUCUUGGAUUUUCUCACUUUCGAUUUGACAUAGAACAUAGGGAAGAAGUGUUAUAUUGCUAUGAAAUACAGUUGGAACCAAUAGUAAGGCGGAAAGGACUUGGCCAAUUUAUGAUGUCAGUUCUUGAGUUUAUGGCAUUACAGAACAAGAUGCAAAAAGUAAUGCUAACUGUGUUUAAGCAUAAUCCGUCGGCUAUGCAGUUUUUUUAUUCCCUUGGUUAUAAGCUGGAUAAAAUCAGUCCACCGGUAUCGGAUCUGUCGCAUUACGUUAUCGUGAGUAAGGCCGUUGAUAGUGGAUCGGUGAGCAAGGAAAAGAAAUAA